GAUAACAAAGGGUUAAUAGGGUUAGUUUUUUAACUGUGGAGAACCACGCACGGCAUCAGUUCCGUUUUUAAUACUGUGCUAUGAAUGUGUUAAAGUUAUUUCUGUCUAGUAGGCUAUUAAUACUGUCAUGUGGACGCAGUUGUAGCCUACUUAGUGAAGUUAGCAUAAUGAACGCGAAUGCGUUAAAGUGAGUUGGGCUUAUGCAAGACUUUACGUUCGCUCACAGUACACAGUACACAGUACACACGGGGCUGGGCCAUGCGUUUGGCUUUUCACGGUGCAUACAGUGGAUGACUAAUGUUAUCAAGUACAAGGGAUGCAGAACUGUAUUGGUUUAAGCAAGAUGUUAUCGGGUAGGAAAUGUUAUGAAGCAGUGUUGGCCUACAACUUCUCCGAGGCUGAAUGUCGAGGUGCUUGACUAGUAGUUGCACCUCUACACUUCCUUCAUCGUGUUUUUGCCUCAUCAUUUGCAGUUUAUAGAAUAAUGAUCCACAAGCGAUGAACCCUCAAGAGAAGGGAGCAGGGGAAGGUCCUCCAUGCCUUAAGGAUGAGACUACAGCUGGAGACCCCCAGAAGGAUCAUCCCCCCACACAGCCCAGCCUCCUGGGCAGGGUGACGGGGGGCCUGUUCGGUGCCACCAAGGGGGCGUUUGGGGCCACCAUGGGCGGUGUGCUGUGGAUCGGGGGGAAGAGCCUGAACAUCACCAAGACGACGGUCAGCUCUCUGGCUGCGGUGCCCGUCAUGGGAGCAGGCCUGGUGAAGGGAGGCGUCUGUGCCGUGGCUGGAGGCGUGUCUGCAGUGGGUUCGGCGGUGGCCUCCAGGGUUCCCAUAGGAGGAGGAGGCGGCAAGAAGAAGGACAAGUCUGACUGAUAUUGGGGAGGCUGCAUUUCUGGUUCAUGAGCAAACAUGUUUGCUCAUUACUGUGUUUACUGUGCAGUGAGGGGGGUGGGGGCCGGAGCAGUACUUAAAAUGUGUGUGUGGACUUUUCACAAGGAGGCUCGGGCUCGAUCCGGGGGGCCCGUAACUGGUACACUACGUCAAGGGUAAGGGCCCCUUUGAGCAGGGACCCACCCGACUUCCCUUACCUUUCCAUUUAAUCAGUGAAACAUUGGACAGUGUUUUAUUUGAGUUUGCCUGAGAGGUGGGAUCAGCAGUAUAGACUAUGUUUCCUCAAGAAAAAGCACAGGGGCUUUACUUGCAAGACAAUCAAACAGUGUAAUUUACUGUAGUAGCAGGAAAAAAUAUCUGGUGUCUUUGGGAUGUUUAUUCUGAAAUUAGUUUUUGGUAUGAACAUUGGCCUAAAAGGUGGUUGAAUCCAAAUAAAAGACAAUUAGUUUCCAAAUGCACAUUUGAACAACAUUGAUAUCAUCAGAUUAUGUUGAUUUUGGUGAAAAACCAAGAAUGUGUAUGUAACGUUUCUGUCUGAGUACUUUAUGUUUACAUGUUACCUGGUAAAACAAAGUGAACGAACUUUGUAAUUUACUUUGUGAAAAUGAAAAGUUUUCAUCCUAAUAUUUUUUUUGUAAUUAGAUGAGAAGCCAUGAAAAUAACCUCAAACACUGAGGUUUUUUUUUUAUCCAUUUUAGGAUUAAAUGGUAAGACCAGUUUAUCCUAAAAUGAGGUGAGUAUAUAUGCACUGCCACACACACACACACACACACACACUAUCCUUUACAUUUCAAAUAUAAGAUGUCAAUUUACACAUGGCCAUGUGUCAGAAUAGUAUGCAUAACAAGUGUUUGAAAUGUCAAGCGUUGAAGUUGAAGUUGAUUACAGAGCAGUGCCCAUGAGUCUGCCUUACGCUGACGGUUCACUUGAUCAUUUCAGUCUGUGAGGUCAACAUGGUUCACCUCCCUGCUGACCGUGAUAAUAAAGUUCUGUAUGAACUCCC